AGAUGGAGAGAGAGAGAGGUGUGUACCCAGGCAGGUCUCUUCAGACUACUUUCCAGGACCAGGGACACUGUGCUCACCUUCCAAGCCAGCCACUCCAGUGCUGUCCAAACAUUUAAAGAGCACCCAGCUAAAGCAGGCACUCUCUAUAAAGCAGAUGGCCCCAGAGCUUCUCUGCAAGAAAAUGCAGGUGGGGUCCAAACCCCUUCACCCUCUACUCGAGGAAUCAUCUCUGACCAGCACCAUCUAAAACCCUGGCCUGGAGGAUUCCUGAAGUCCAGGCUCUGUCUCUUCUGCAUGAUUCACCGCAUUUGGAAUUGCUGUGUGCAUUACGGUCAGCCGAUUCUUAGCUUUAGGGACAUAGCUGUAAGAGCAUUGAGCCCAGCUCAGCUCCGGGGUCCGGAUGAGUCUGAGACCUGCACACAGCCUGGCUUUAAUUUUCCCCUUGGCUUCUUUUCAGAGAUGAGCUUGUGAAUCACCCUGCUCAGCUGUGACACCCCAGAGGAGCAGAGAGGGAAAGUCAGACACCGCCUCCCUGUGACCUGUUUGCACUCCCCAGGCCAGUGAAGUGCGGCCAGAAUGACAGUGACAGCUGCCCCGUGGUGUUCAGAGGGACCUGAGCCGUUCAGUUCUGCAGCUUCGGGGACAAGUGUAUCAUUACAGCCCGGCUGCUCCGAGAGAGGCCACUUCAACCCAGCCCCGGGAACACGCGCAGCGCCGCGGCCAGGCAUCUGGCCCCUGAGUCCUGCUCCACCUGCGGCAGCCCCUGCCCGUGGCUCCCACCGCCUGAUCGGCUUCAGCAGCGGGGCCAGACCCCGUCCCCACACGCGGGCACAGAGGAGAGGAGGACGGCAGGUAAAUGGGGGCCAGGCAGUCUGGUGCCUGCUGCAAGGACAAGGGCCUCCCGGGGCCGGGGCCCCUGCGGGGGAGGCAGAAGUUCUCCCCGUGGGACGAGGCCCUGCUCCCGGGGAGGGACCCGCGGUGCCUGCUGAAGCGGGGCCUGCGGCAUGUCAGCUUCAGCCUGGUCACCACGGGCAUGACCGACGCGCCCGACUUCCUGUGGGGCCUGUCGGAGGUGCAGAAGCUCAAUCUGUCCCACAACCAGCUCCGGGCCCUCCCGCCCGACGUGGGGAGGCUGACACGGCUGGUCGUCCUCAACUUGUGCGGCAACCGCCUGAAGAGCCUGCCCCGGGAGCUCAGCCUCCUCCGCAGCCUCAAGGUCCUGUUCCUGCACAUGAACUGCCUGACGGAGCUGCCAGCCGAGCUGAGCGCCUGCCAGAGCCUGGAGGUUCUGGGCCUGUCGCACAACUGCUUGUCCCAGCUCCCCGCCAGCUUCGCUGAUCUCGCCCGGCUGCGCAAGCUCAACCUCAGCCACAACCGCUUUGCCCACAUCCCCGUCUGCGUGUUCGCGCUCAAGGAGCUGGACUUCCUGCACGUGGGCUCCAACCGCCUGGAGAACAUUGCCGAGAGCAUCCAGUGCCUGGCCAGCCUGCAGAUCUUCAUUGCCGAGAGCAACAACAUCCACGCCUUCCCGCGCGCCCUCUGUCUGCUCACCAGCCUGGAGCUGCUCAACUUGAACAACAACAACAUCCAGACCCUCCCAGAGGAGCUCUACCUGCUGUGUAGACUGGCGAGGAUCGCUUGGAACCCCAUGGACAAAGGGCUCCAUAUCUCCCGCAACCCUUUAUCCAAACCCCUGCCGGAGCUGCUGGAGGGGGGUCUGGAGAUGCUUUUCGGUUACCUGAAGGACAAAAAACACACUUGAUGGGGGCACUGGAGGCUCGGACAGACAGCCGGUACAUCCCUUGUCUACACCUCCUCCUCUUCCUGUUCCUGUGGGUCAACCCUGUGUUGCUAUUUGCUAAAUUGCACUGAGCACCCAUGCUAGGGGGUGUUUGCUUUUGGCUCUGUAGGUUCCUUAUAACCCGCCUUUAUUGUUCAUCUCAUUCUAAACAUAAAUGGAAAGAAGGCUUGGGUUUUCUCCAAAAA